AUGGAUCCCGCACCGCCGGUUCGGCCGCAGGUCGUGCGCGGGCGCAACGCGCUGGUGGGCGCGGCGCUGGUGGCGUUUGUGGGCGGCGUGUACGCUUACACCAUGCGCGCCGUGGGCGGCUCCGACGACAUCGGCGACGCCGUGCGACGACUGGAGAAGGAGCAGGCGACGAAUGCGACGAACAUCCGCUGGCCUGUCCAUCCGCACAAGGCAGGUGAUUGGUUGCGUGCGGUGCGGAGGGCAGCGAGGAGGCCGCGAUGCGCGGCUGUUGCCAUCCGUAGGAGGCAUGUGCGCCACGCAGUCAUGCGGGCUGACAGCAAAGGCGCGCCUCUCCUCGUGGCGUGCUGCGCGCUGGUGGCACCCCCAGCUGCGACCCCUAGAUGUGACCGCAGCACAGCAGGCAUGCAGGGGCGCAUGUGUGGGGGCAAUGUGAGCGCGGUGUCAGUUGCCUGA